GCACUGCGUUGUUCUUGACUGAAUGCAGAAACUGUCAUCGCGAGGCCGUCCAGGCUGAUUGGAUUAGUCGUCGCACGACGAAAAGAGAGACGCACCGAGGAAGAGAGAAAGAGAGAGAGAGAGAGAGACGAUCAUCGGCGGACGGUCGGCGACGUCGUCCGCGAGCGAGCGGGACGCGCGUCGGAUCCGCUCCAGAAGUAGGACUCACGAAAGUGGCGGGAAGACCUCGAGGACGAUGAGUGUCAGGAGACGUCAAUGACGACGACGUCGACGACUCGGACAGCCUCCAACACAGCCUCAUCGACGUGUUGAUGGGUACGGAACUGUGGGGAGAAUUCGCGCGCGACAAAGCUGCGCCGCUGGACAACGUACAGGAGCGCUGUGUGAUAUCUCCUUGACGUCAUCGGAUCAUCCGCGAGCGUCAUUGUUCGCCUUGGCGAACAUCCGCGCGGGACCUGACCGUCAGUCCCUUCGCCGUCGUACCCACUCUUGUCGUCGCUUCACCGUUCACCGUGCUUCGAAGAGGCGAGAUCGAGAUCCGCCGUCGAACGUCACGAAACGUCUUCGAAGUCAAUUGCCGGAUCUAAAGGCGCGCGCGAGCGCGAAUUAUCGGGGAGGAUAUCUCGUUAUCUACUCCGCCGCAGCUGCAUCACGAACACGUGUAUGUGUUUCGCACGCGUUAUCGAAUCGAUAGUUAUCACUCAGUGUGCGACCGGUGGAAGACGAAGAGAGAGAGAGAGUGUGUGUUUCAAGCGCAACGGAAUCCUAUAAGAACCAUCACGCGCUUGCAGGGAAUAUAUUCGCGUAAAGUUCUUCCUCGUCAGGGAAGUCCACGAUCGCACCGAUUGCUUCCGCUGACUUCAACGUAGUUCAGGGAGCUCGACGCAACGCUCGAGGCGGACGCGCAGAAUCGUCCACACAACGAACAGAAGCGAGCAGUAUACGUCUGUGUGUGUGUGUGUAUGUGUGUGUAAAAACCAUGAAACGUCAUUGACAUGACGACGAAAGGCGAAAAUAACGAGAAAGACCGAUAGAGACCGUCGAAGUUGGAAACAAAGGAAUUUGGUCAUCACGAGCGCGCGAGAUUGGUCGGACACGCAGCUUCGCUCGAUGCGCCGCAGCGCACGUGAGUCACCUCACACGUGCGCGCGCGUGAAAAACGUUGUAAGCGCGGCGAUCCGCCACACGAUUCGCGCUCCCCUCCCUCCCGUCCCUCCGCUAAUAGUAUCAGCUGAAGUUAACUGCGCUGAUCGAAAACUUGGCUGCUAUUACUCCGGACGAGUUCAUUCCGUAGAACUUAAAUUUACGGUUUCGUUCGCGCUAUUGUCACGCUCGAGAAGAAAACUCGCGUUUGGGGAAACGCCUGGUAAACAGCUGGAGUCAUAUAUUAAGAGAAAGACAGAGAGAAGACAGAGAGAAUCAUACUCGAGGACAUCGUUUUUGUGCAACUAGAAUUUUGCAGUGUGUCGCCAAUAGGUGAAGAAUCCGAAAGAGAGAUUUGAUAUUCUCAAAUAAAUAAAGGAAAUUCAACGAAGAUCAAUUUCUGAAAAGAAAAAAAAAAUAUAUAUAAGAAUAUCGGAGAACCAACUUAUGAAACAAGAAGAAAUGAACUUUUCCUCAGUCCGUCGAGAGAGAGAGAGAGAGAGAGAGAUAAAGAGAGUCACACUCGAGGACGUCAUCUGCGUGCAAUGAAUUCCGCGUAGUGACGCCAGUGACGAAAAUUCGAAGACUUCGAGGACUUUAUAUCUUCAACUGAAGGAAAUUUAAAACGAAGAACAAUUUUUCCGAAAAGGGGAAUAGAAUAUCGGAGUCGGUUUAACACAAUGAGAAAUUUCACUUUUCCUUAAUCACCAGAGAAAAAGAGAGAGGGAGAGAAACGCGGAAUUGGAGAAGAUUUCUAAAAGUAAAAGACAGCGGAUAUAAAGCGUCGAGAAUCGGCGGAAAUCGAGAGUGCGCGCGCGGAGAAAAUCACGGCGGCGCCGAGGUCAUCCUCACGGGGUACGCUCUUUCUCUCUCCUCGAUCCUCGAUCGAGGGCUCGUUCUCUCCCACCAUUCUUGGGCCGCCGUUCCGGAGUUGCCGGGUGCCGGCGCGACGCGCGCUGCGCUCGGCGGCAGUGCGCUGAGCGAGAGUGCCGACGACGACGCGAGCGCGCAGCCAGUACGCGGUGGCCGACAUGGCAGCGGACUACGACGAAAGCGAUCGUCGUCGUGCGGUGUGAUCGGUGUGGGCCGGAAGAGAGGAGGAGGAGGAGGAGGCGACGGCGCAGGGAUCGAGAGUGACAGACAGUGAGAAAAAUCGCGCGCGGGAAGGCACGAUCCGUCGCCGACGUCGUCGUACACACUACACAGAGAGAGAGAGAGAUCCAGGCGUUGCUCUCUGUUGUGCGAGGGAAGAGAGAGAGAGAGCACGCCGAAGUCGCGUCGAGCGCGCCGCGUCGCGCUCGAAAAUAGAACGUGCUUGCGAGAUUGCAAGAAGAAACGAACGACGCACGCACGCACGUACGUACGCACGAGUGCAGAGAGAGAGGAGGAGAGUGCGCAGCGAGAAAGAGAGAGAGAGAGAAGUGACUGACGGUUUAAGGCGGCUCGUAGAAUGUCGCGCGUGUCGCUCAACAAGUCGCAGUACAGCCAGUACGGCUCGCGCCGCGUCCGCAAGAUCAGUUCGACGGAGAGCGAAUAUUCUGUGGAAGAACAAACGAGAUUAACAGGAACCGAUGGACCAGGUGCGGAUGAGGCCUCGCCGGAGGACGAGGGUGGCUCGUUGUGCGAAUACCAUGACAUACCGCCCCCACCGGACGGUGGUUACGGUUGGGUGGUGGUAUUCGCAUCGUUUAUGUGCAACAUGAUAGUGGACGGUAUCGCUUAUACCUUCGGUGUCUUUCUGGGAGAAUUCGUUAAAUACUUCGGCGAAGGAAAGGGCAAGACUGCCUGGGUCGGCUCGUUACUUUCCGGGAUGUACCUCAGUGCUGGUCCAGUUGUGAGCGCUUUGACGAACAAAUAUGGCUGCAGGGCCGUGUGUAUGGCGGGAAGUUUCCUGGGUGCCGCUGCAUUUGUACUUUCGACGUUUUCGAGCAGUGUAAAUAUGCUUAUGGUGACUUACGGCAUUAUGGGAGGUGUUGGAUUCGGUCUGAUAUAUCUACCCGCGGUAGUUUGCGUAGGCUAUUACUUCGAGACUAAGAGGUCCUUAGCUACCGGUAUCGCUGUAUGUGGAUCCGGAUUCGGGACGUUCGCGUUCGCACCUCUCGCUACUAUGUUGCUGGAAGCGUACAGUUGGAAGGGGGCGAACUUAAUCCUGGCUGGCCUUAUAUUGAAUUGUGCAGUGUUCGGUGCAAUGAUGAGGCCAUUGGAAUACCCAAAAGCUUCGUCCGUUAAACCGUUGUUGCAACGGAUGGCCGAGGAGAAGAGAUUCCAGAUGGAACGGGGUAGUAUCGGCGGUUCAUAUUUUAUGGUACAACUGCCUGACGGUUCCAUGGAAAAAAGGAUGAAAAUGCCCAUCAAUAUAGAUCCCGGUGUUCACUCCAGUUUCAACCUGGACCAAUUAGUGCCUGGAACUCCUUUAACACCAGUUCCAACGGUGCCAACCCUCCCCACUAUAUCCGAAGUGAAGGUACAAGAGCACUCCUCCAGUGGGGCGACCAGCGAUAGUGGCAGUAUGGACUUGAAGAGCAUCACCAACAAAUCCCGAAGCAAGAAGAAUAUCGACGAAACCAAAGACACGAAAGAUACGACGGAGAAGCCCGAGAACGAGUUUAAUAAAACUGUACUCCCCAGGAACGCGUCGCAGCCCGCUUUUACGACCCACGUUCAGGGUCUGCCUAAAAACGGCUCCGUACCGUUCUUCGAUAGAAUCCGCAAGACUAGUACCGGCGAGCGCUACAAGCCCAGCCUCAGUGCGAUAAAGAACUCGAGAACGACGCUCAAUUCCAACGGGGACAUUCGCAAGAGCUUGCAUCUGAGACUCUCCACGAGCAGCGUGCUCGGCUCGCGCAACAAUAACGCUGAGGUCGACGAUGGCGAGAGUAUUACUUUUACUACCAGUAAAACUAGCAUCCCAAAGGAAAAGCCAAUGAUGGUCCGUCCCUUGUCGAGAAAGGACAUUUUCUACAGCGGUAGCGUAGUGAAUUUACCAGAAUACCAAAGCCAGAAGUCUCUCGCCAAUUAUCGUCAGAGUGUGAUCUCGCUGCCGAAGUCGGUGCGCGGCGACAUGAAAGAUGUCGACGUCGAGAAAGCGCCGCAACAACCUCUCUGUCCAUGCUUGGUGUUGCCAGACUCGUUUAAGGAAGCUUUGGCGACGAUGAUGGACAUGUCGCUACUGAAGGAUCCGGUUUUCCUCCUGAUCGGCAUCAGCAACGUGUUUGGAAUGGCCGGGUUGUAUGUUCCUUUUGUAUAUUUGGUGGAUGCUGCAAAAUUAGAUGGGAUCGAAAGCAAUUCUGCGUCUUUCUUACUGUCAAUCAUCGGAAUAACCAACACGAUUGGUCGUGUGGCUUGUGGAUACGUCGCUGACUUUCCGCAAGUGGAUUCCUUGUUGUUGAAUAAUAUCUGCUUGAUUAUAUCCACGAUCGCGGUAGCCGCCACGCCGUUUUGCCAUAGUUACGCUGCUUACAUCGUCAUGAGCAUUUUCUUCGGAAUAGCAAUAUCUGGGUACAUCUCGUUGACAUCGAUUAUCCUGGUGGACCUCCUGGGACUGGACAAAUUGACGAACGCUUUCGGCCUGUUAAUCUUAUUCAGAGGGGCCGCCGCAAUAGUCGGUUCGCCGUUGGCGGGUGCUGUUUACGACGCUACGCAAAGCUACAGUAUCCCGUUCUUCAUGGCAGGCUUCUUCUUUUUCGUCAGCACUGUCACCAGUUUCAUGGCCCCUUUUAUGAAACGGUGCACUACACCGGAGACUCAACCUGUGAUAUUAGAUACAUUGACUCCGAUUGACGAGGAUAUCGAGGAGGAGAACGAGGACGAUAUUCCCGAGAUAGUAGAAACCGCACCGUCACCGUUGGAACCACCCGAGAAGGAAAUCAAGCAAAUAGAGUCUGUUUUAUAA